AUGAAGUUCCUCCCACUGAUCCUCGGCCUGCAGCUCACAGCUUUGGGGCUUGCUGCCCCAACUAACAGCAGACUACCAAAAGAAAACAACACGGAAAUGGCUCAAAGGUACUUGGAAACCUUUUAUGGCCUCAAGAUCGAAAGAUCUCCAACACCAAAAAUAAAAGACAAUAUGAACAACCUGGAGGACAAAAUCCAGGAAAUGCAAAAGUUCUUGGGGCUAAAAGUGACCGGGCAACUGGAUACAUCAACUAUGGACAUGAUGAACACACCUCGGUGUGGUGUGCCCGAUGUCCAACAUUUCAGCACAAUGCCAGGACGGCCUGUAUGGAAAAAGCGUGUCAUCUCCUAUAGAAUCAAUAAUUACACCCCUGACAUGAGUCGUGAGGACGUUGACUAUGCUAUCCAAAGGGCUUUCCACGUCUGGAGUGAAGUGACGCCUCUAAGGUUCAGAAAAAUCAAUUAUGGGGUGGCCGAUAUUAUGAUAUUCUUUGCAUUCAGAGCACAUGGAGACUUCGACCCUUUUGAUGGUCCAGGUGGAGUCAUCGCCCAUGCUUUUGGGCCUGGACCUAAUAUCGGAGGAGAUGCACAUUUUGAUGAGGAUGAAACCUGGACUAAAAGCUCUAGAGGCACAAACCUGUUCCUGGUGGCUGUUCACGAGAUCGGUCAUUCCUUGGGUCUUGGCCAUUCUAAAGAUACAAGAGCUAUAAUGUUCCCCACCUACAACUAUGUUGACACCAAGACAUUCCGCCUCUCUGCUGAUGACAUACGAGGCAUUCAGUAUCUUUAUGGUCGCCCGGAAAUGUCCCGCCCUAUGCCCAAUCACCUACAUGACCUGAUAUGUGGCCUCAGUUUGCGUUAUGAUGCUGUCAGUACAGUUGGAGAUAAAAUCCUUUACUUCAAAGGCAGACACUUCUUGUGGAGAUAUAUUGGGAAUUCAAGAAGCAAAAUAGAUUUAAUUUCUGCUUUAUUGCCAAAUUUAACCACUGAUAUUCAAGCCGCUUACGAAAUUGGAGUCCAAAAUCAAGUUUUCCUUUUUAAAGAUGAGAAGGUCUGGGCCCUCCAGGACCUCAAGCUGAAGCCAGACUACCCCAAGAGCAUUCAUUCUUUGGGCUUCCCUAACUCUGUGAGAAAAAUUGAUGCAGCUGUUUUUGAUCCAAUUUUGUACAAAACCUUCUUCUUUGUAGAAAACCAAUUUUGGAGGUAUGAUGAGAGAAGCCAACGCAUGGACUCUGAUUAUCCCCAAGCAAUAACUAGAUUCUUCCCAGGAAUCGGCCCAAAAGUUGAUGCAGUCUAUUACCACAACAGACAUUUCUACUUCUUCCAAGGCACUAACGUGCUUGAAUAUGAUAUUCAACAAAAGCAUGUCACCAGAACACUGAAGAGCAACAGCGAGUUUGGUUGUUAG